AUGGCGAAAAGUGUCCGUGCCAGCGUCUCCAAGCGCAACAGAGCCAACCUCCGCAAGAAGGUGUUUGGUCCCAUCGUCGAUGCCCGCACUGAGCGCCUAGCAGCCAAGCUGCAAGAGAUUGCUUCUCAACCCAAGCCGGAGGCCCCAGAGAAGAGCAAGAUGAUGCUGGACGAUGACAUCGCGGCUCAGAAUGACAACGACAACGAAAAGGCCACCGCUGCCGACGAGGCCAUGGACAUCGACAACAAGUCGUCCACAACUCGCUCCUCCAAGCCCGGGCGUGUGCAGAAGCAACAUAAGAAUCGCCGAACCCGUCCCUCCAUCGUCUUCUCGAAGCCCGGCUCCAAGAACAAGAAGGGUGGUUCUAAGAAGAAGUAG